AUGAAGAAGAGUACGAGCAAAGUCGCUGAUAAGACGCCUGGAAACUCUAUUCUCCCCACUUCUGUUCCACAAUCCAGCUCGAAAAAGUCGGAACCGUUUGAUGACGGUGAGUUCAUUCAACUAUUGUUCGUUCAUUUCUGUUCUGUUUCAGAUGACUUUACCCUAUUGGAAGAGGUGGCAGAAGUGACGAACUGGCGAUUGAUCUACGUCACUGCGGCGGUGCACUUUCUGGGUGCUAUCGAAGGAGCUCUGGGGCAUAUGAGUGAAUGGCCCUACUUGCAACAGUUGGAUCCCGACGCUACUGUUCAGUUUUAUGGCAUAGCCACGUCUGCUUCCAAAGCAGCUCACGCCUUCUUUGUGCUGGUUUUUGCCAUCUGGAGCUUCAAGUUUAAAACUAUCAAGUGAGCGUCAUCUAUAUAGACUUUCUAAAUCGUUUGAAGCUCAUGUUCAGGUACCCGCUCAUAGUUGGUCGCCUCAUCGCAAUAGUUGCCUGCUGCCUGUACAUGAUUGUCGAGUUCGUGCCAACUGGAAGACGCUACAUUAUGAUGAGCUGUUAUAUUCUCUUCGAUAUCUCUGAAAGUUCCUCAGCUCUCAUCCGAGCCUACAUCGUCGCUGUUUCUGCUCCGAAAGACAGGUCGAAAGCCUUUGCAGUCAUGUCAUUCUCUAUGACACUUUCGAUUAUUCUGGCACCUUGUAAGUAAAAGUAACAUACUUGUUUCAUCAGACAAUUUCAGUGAUUCAAAUGGCGUUCACCUUGAUCCCGUAUCCCGGAUACACAAUCAUUUUUCAAAACGUGAAGUUUCAUGUGUAUUCUGGACCCAUCUGGGUCUCAAACUUUACCAACUUCAUCUCAAUUGGCCUCAUAAUUUGUGGCAUCAAAGAUUUGCCGAAGAAAGAGGAUGUGAUGAGUACAUACACCAUCAUUUGGAAACGGACAAUAUCUGUACUUUUUUCCAGAAAAGAAACAACGAUCAAUAUUCGAAUGGGAGGGCUUGAAGAUGCGAAUUAAGAAGGUGAAAUCGUCGAAUAUCAGUUGGAUACUAGUCUUUGUAAUUUGGAUUGCCAAGUGCGGAGAGUCACUCGCAAUCAAAUCGAUGUCUACGUAAGAUCACUUUCAGAACGAUAAUAUUUAUUUCAAAUGUUCACAGACUCAUGUCAGUUCUAAUGAUGGUUCAGUACGGAUGGACAGGAACUGAAACUGUCAGGAUCACCUCGAUUCUCAUGGCCGGAUCGGGCCUUCUUUCCAUUUUUAUCAUUGGAAACUUUAUGUUUUGCAGACUGGGAACAAUGUAAGUUUGAAAAAGAGUCAGGGUCACAAUACGUACAAUAUUGAGUUUCAGAGUGCAACCCCGAUUCAUCUACCUGGUAUCCAUCACCAUUGUGACAAUGUUCUUCAUCAUCACUUUCCCGUACAAGUCUAUCGGAGAGCCGGCGGCCGUAUACAAUGCAACCGAGGGAACGGGGUGUGAUCCGAAGAAGUACACGUCGUGCGAAGGACGAAUUGCACCGCAAUCCACACUUUUCAUCUGUAGCCUGGUUGUCGUGUUCGGAUUGACCAUGCCAGCCUCCGGAAUUUCACUUGACACUAUAUACUCGAAAGUUUUGGGCAAAAUUGAUCAGGUAUGCGCAUAGAAGUAGACAACAUUUCGUCAUUCGAACUCUUCAGAAUGUCAUGCAAGGCGCCGCUGUCAUUCUUGACGAUGUGGUGCAAGUUUUCACACCAACGUACGCCUCCUACGUUUACACCAUUCUAGGGCUCCAACCGCUCUGGCUCAUCAACGCAAUCAUUAUGGGAUUCAUCGUUUUGUUGUGGAUUGUAAUGCUACGGAAGUUUAAAAGUUAUUAA